AUGUAGUAAAAAAAUGGGGAAGAUAAAAAAGACGAAGACUAAAAGAAACCAGUCUCCUGAGAAAUAUGAUGAAGAAGAGCAAUUAUGUGUUGAUUCAAAGGAAAAUGCAAUUCACACGCUAUUGGAUCAGUUGCAGACCGCUAAUGUAGAAGAGAAAUAUUGUGGUUUGCAAACUCUUGCUUUGCUUAUUGAAACUCCUGAUCAUUUAGAGCAAGUUAUAAAUCAAGGAGUCAUCAAAGUUGCUGCUCCAUUAUUAAUGGAUGCUGCUGGAUCUAUACGAAAUGCAGCUUCUGGCACAUUAAGAAACAUGUCAGCACUAAAAAUGGAAGUUUGUGAUGCUAUGAUGGAUCAAGAUGUCAUGACAUCACUGAAUGGCUUCUUUCAAGAGUAUGCACAAAAAUGGACACCUGAUGCUACAUCUAAGUUUAAGGAUGAGGACAUUGAUACAUUUAUUAAUUGCACAAACUUAUUGUUGAAUCUGUGUGAGAGUUCAGAAUUAGCCAUUAAAUACCUUGGGCAGUAUAAAAUAUUAGAUAUAUUUCCAAGAUACUUAGAUAUUGGCGUAUUUGGAAGUGAUAUAGUAGCAGCUGUCUUACAAUGUUUAUUUGUGGCCAUAGAAGACAAUCCGCAGGCAAUGCAACACAUAAAAAACAACUCAGAGAAACAAUUAGAGCAAAUUCUCUCUAUGGAAGGAAGUGACCCUUCUAUAUUACUGAUAAAGACUCUAGCAGCAGGAGUUAUUAUAAAUGCUUGUGGUGGGAAUCUAAUUUCUUUACCAGUAAAUUUCAUUAAUGAGAUUAUUUUAACAUUGGCUACAACUCUAUCUAUUGAUCAUAGAUUGGCUUGUAAUCAGGUUUCGAGUAAUAUUCCAUUAAGUAAUGGUGCAGGCAAGUUCGAAGCACUUAAAGGUAAAGAGGCACAAGUUUUGGGUAGCCAAUUAAAAUCAGUCACCCAAAUGUUAGAUGGGCAGCAAAGUGCAAUUGAAAUUAUUGCAAAUAUUUGUUCAUGUGAAGAUGGUGAUGAUUCAAUGAAUGGUGGCGAUUCAUCAGACAGUGAUGAUUUAGAAAGUGAUGUAUUGGAUAAUGGUGAUGAAUCGGUGCUUAUAGAAGAUAAAUUGCCACCAGAGAUUAUGGAAGCUCUUGUUUCUUUACAAUUGUUUGAGAAAAUUUGGGCUCGUGCACAGUUACCGGCGCAGAAUGUCAUGUUAAUAUUAAAAGAAUAUGAAGGAUCACAAUUAAUUUAUAAAAAGAUACAAAAUCUACAAACUCGAGCCCUUUUGUGCAUAAAUAAUAUGAUUUCAACAUUACCAAUGGACAGUCUUGGUGGAGUUAAUGGAGUCUAUAAAAUUUGGGUAGACACAGGAAAACUCGUGUUUGGACAGAAUUUAGACAAUCACAGUCUUAUAGAGUCUGCUACGGCUGUUAUGAGAGCUGCAUUAGACAAAAUUAAGUUUAGAGAAAAUGAGAACAAUAGCAAGUGUAAUUUGUUUGGUGAUAUGGCUCUGUCUGAUAUUGAGAUAAUGUUAACUGGCAUUCGAGAGUGUCAAAUGCCCGAGGUAAGAGCGAACCUAAUCAGAAUGGUUGGACUACUAGCUCUUUUGUUAGUGAACAAUUUGAACGAAACCACUACUAGCGUUAUAUCCAGUAUCACUGACUUUAUUUUGGAGCAGGCGCAUAAGGAAAAUGAAGUGUGGGUAUUGGCUGAAGCUUUAGAUACUUUAAUAGACCUUUAUUCUGAAGAUGAAACUGACGAGAUUGCUGCAAAAGUGAAAUUAGUGGAAAAGAUGUCAGUUUUAGUGCCUAUUAUUAAAAAUAAGGCAAGACAACAGAAGAGACUUCCAAAAGAAUAUAAAGUACUUGUUACUACAGUUGUUUCAAAUCUACCGAGAUUCAUCAAGUACAAGAAAGGGCGAGUGAGUUGUAUCUAAUAGGUCAUUUUCUAUACAUAUGUUACAUUGUAUUGUAUAUAUUAAUUGUUUAUACACUUUGAAAUAAAUCAUAUUUUUUAGAACAGAAUGCAUUAAUUUGAAAUGAAGCGUAAGUAGAAAGUAACUUUUACAUGAUUACUUUACAGUAAAUUUUGGUUUAAUAAAAUGUAGAAUGUAACAUUU